AGCCAGGCGGUACCUACCGGUAUGUAGGGGUGGAGCAACGGGCGGUUCGACAGGUUGGGUUGAGAAGCCAGCGCGUGUGGUCCAUGCUGUAGAACCCCGGUAGGAGUGUGGUGUAGUGACUACGGUGGCGGCGGAGCCCCCGGGGAGAAAGUGUUGGUGUCCUAGGAUCGUGCAGUAAGGAUUUCCGGGGCAGGCGCGAACGGGUGAGUCCAUCUCCGGGAAGGAAGUCGCAGCGCUUCAUAGCGCACUGAAAUCUCCAGGAGCGUUACUGGGAAACCGUGUUGGGAUGUAUUGUGUGUCCUGAAAGGAGCGGGUGGAGGUUGGCACCUCUCGUUCUGUGGGUGUAGAGCCCACCUGGUGAGGGUCUACACCUUUGUGCCACCCUGUGUUGGUGCUGACCUUUUGUUUGCGUACGUGUGGGUGGCACUUACACAUUUGCUUUACACUCUUCUCCUGACUGGUAUACUCUCCAGAAUGCAUGUGUUGGCUUCCGUUUGUUCCACAAAUGCAAGGUUCUUGAAGUGUUAAAAUAACUUUAUGAAAUAGUUGAAAAAGUGGGAUUCUACAUUGCUUCUUGCACUACUAUUCCAGGAGAGCAGUUUGGACUACUGGAAUACAGCUACGCUACAAAGCUGCUGGAAUCAUUUUUGGAGGCACUUUGGUUAUAAAAAUUUUGGGAGUUAUUCCAGACCAACCUGACUGCAUUGGCUGAAGUUUGAUCAACAGAUACCUCAAAGCGUGUAGACGCAUAGUCUCGUAAUGGCGGACCCUAUCAUGGACCUCUUUGAUGAUCCAAAUUUAUUUGGUUUGGAUUCCUUAACUGAUGAUAGUUUUGACCAAAGUCGGGCAAACCCCAUUGAAGAUGUACUAGGGCUUACUGAUGGAUUAGACUCACUGGAACAAACAGCACAGAGUACAGAUGUAUUGGACAGUUCAGCUGGAAAUGAGACUGUGUCUGUGCCCCAAGAUAUCACAAGUGUAUCCCAGCAGUCUGUCACUGUUGAAACACAGCCAGUGGAAUCCCUCUCGAUUCAGGAUUUUAAUGGUGACUCGGCAGCUGCUCAGCAGAGUUUGUCAUCUGUUCAGCUCACCUCGCAGCCACAGGGAACAGUUGAAGUCACUGCAGAACAACAAGUUCUGAGUCAGAGCAACCCUUUCAUGGGGGUUUCUGCCAAUAUAAACAGCAUUCCAACACAGAACUCUGCUGCUAGCAUGCCUGUGCAAAAGCAACCUAAAAUUAUUAUCCUGCGUACUCCAGCCACAACCUCUGUUUCAGGUGGGACAUUAUUGCAGAGUCAGGCUGGACAACAGUCCAUACUGACCAUUCCAGCACAAGGACCGAUACCUGCUACUGGUGUGACUCAGGUGGCAACCACGAGUGGACAAAUGGCAUUCACCAAAGUAUUAACUGGCGUGCCACUGAGACCUGGUAUGUCUAUAGUUUCUGGUAAUACUGUAUUGGCAACAAAAGUAGCAGGACAAGGUGGUGUCCAAAGGAUUAUCCAACCAAGUGGACAAACAAAACAAGUUGUUCUUCAACCAGUCCAGAGCCAGCAAACUCAGGGAAAUGUAACCACUUCUGCUAUUAAACCAGCAGUUACAUUGGCUGCUGCUCCAGGACAGGGAGAGUCCAAACGGAUCACUCUUGUAUUGCAGCAGCCUCAACAAGGAGGUCAACAAGGACAGCGUCACGUUGUACUUGGAAACUUCCCAGGGAAGAUUGUGCUUCAGGGUAACCAGCUGGCUGCCCUCACACAGGCCAAGAAUGCCCAAGGCCAGCCAGCGAAAGUGGUGACUAUACAGCUACAAGUUCAAAAUCCCCAGCAGAAGAUACAGAUAGUUCAGCAGCCUGUGACCACAGCAGCUUCUGGCCCGCCAAUGGUUCAGACACAGGUGAUAGGACAAGCUCAGGGACAACGCCUGUCUGUACCUCUUAAACUAGUCUUACAGCCUCGACACAAUAACACCUGUUGUUGGGAAGAAGAGGAGAAGGAAUCCUUCAUCUGACACGUCUGAUGUCGAACUCACGCCACCUCAGUCUCCCAAGGAGGAGGAAGAAACCGCUAUUCAGAAACGGCGCUCAAACAGGCAGGUGAUUAGAAAGAAAUAUACUGAAGAUCUGGACAUCAAGAUCACGGAUGAUGAGGACGAUGACGUUGACGUCAUUGGACCUGUGAAGGUGGAGCAUCCCGUUAUUGAACACGUGCAGGAAGUGGAUGCCGAAACUGCCCCUUCCAUGCAGUUCUUCAUGGAAAAUCCAAGUGAAGAAGAUGCUGCUAUUGUAGACAAAAUCCUUUCCAUGAGACUAACUCCAAAGGAGAUUUCACCUGGGAAUUAUAUUGAAAUUGAAGAGUUUUAUGUCAAGUACAAAAACUAUUCAUACCUGCAUUGUGAAUGGGCCACCAUAGAACAGUUGGAGAAGGACAAGCGGAUCCAUCAGAAGGUGAAGAGAUUCCGGACUAAGAUGGCACAGAUGCGGCACCUUUUCAAUGAGGAUGAAGAACCUUUUAAUCCAGACUAUGUGGAAGUGGACAGAAUACUGGAAGAAUCUCACAGCAUUGAUAAAGAUAGUGGAGAGACAGUCAUCUAUUACCUUGUUAAAUGGUGCUCUUUGCCAUAUGAAGACAGUACUUGGGAACUAAAGGAGGACGUGGACGAGGCAAAGAUUGAGGAAUUCAAACAGAUCCAGGCCCGGGAGGCUGAACUCAGGAGAGUGGCUCGUCCUGCAGCUAGUUUGUGGAAGAAGUUCGAACUGUCCAGGCAAUACAAGAAUGGAAACGAGUUGAGAGAGUACCAGCUGGAGGGCAUAAACUGGCUUUUGUUUAACUGGUACAACCGACAAAACUGCAUCUUGGCUGAUGAGAUGGGGUUGGGUAAAACAAUCCAGUCCAUUGCUUUCCUACAAGAAGUGUACAGCACAGGUAUCCAUGGUCCAUUUUUGGUAAUCGCUCCACUGUCCACCAUCACAAACUGGGAGCGAGAGUUCAACACCUGGACAGACAUGAACACCAUCCUGUAUCAUGGCAGCUUGGCCAGUCGUCAAAUGAUCCAGCAGUACGAGAUGUAUUGUAAGGACUCCAAGGGUCGUCUGAUCCCAGGGGCCUACAAGUUUGAUGCUCUAAUCACGACUUUUGAAAUGGUGCUGUCGGACUGCCCUGAGCUGCGAGAGAUCGAGUUCAGGUGCGUCAUUAUUGAUGAAGCUCAUCGGCUGAAGAAUAGGAACUGCAAGCUUCUUAGUAGCCUGAAGCAUAUGGACUUGGAGCACAAGGUGCUUUUAACUGGAACACCCCUACAGAACACGGUGGAGGAACUCUUCAGUUUGCUGCACUUCCUGGAGCCCUCUCAGUUCCCUUCUGAGGCAGAGUUCCUGAAGGAAUUUGGAGAUCUCAAGACUGAGGAGCAGGUCCAGAAGCUGCAGGCCAUUUUGAAACCAAUGAUGCUUAGACGGCUGAAAGAGGAUGUGGAGAAGAACCUGGCACCCAAGCAGGAAACAAUCAUUGAGGUGGAACUGACAAACAUACAGAAGAAGUAUUAUCGAGCUAUUCUGGAAAAGAACUUCAGUUUCUUAUCGAAGGGUACUGGACAGGCCAACAUCCCUAAUUUGCUCAAUACCAUGAUGGAGCUGCGGAAAUGUUGCAACCAUCCUUACCUUAUCAAAGGUGCAGAGGAGAAAAUCCUAGCUGAAUGCCGUGAGUCUUGUGGGCAACUACGAGCCGAUUUUCACCUACAGGCCAUGGUGCGCUCUUCUGGUAAACUGGUGCUGAUUGAUAAACUGCUUCCUAAGCUGAAGGCCGGAGGCCAUAAGGUGCUUAUUUUCUCCCAGAUGGUUCGCUGCCUGGAUAUCCUGGAAGACUACCUCAUUCAGAAAAGAUACCUUUAUGAGCGGAUUGAUGGACGUGUACGUGGAAACCUGAGACAGGCUGCCAUUGAUCGUUUCAGUAAGCCUGAUUCAGACCGCUUUGUUUUUCUACUGUGCACUCGAGCUGGAGGGCUUGGCAUCAACCUAACAGCUGCAGACACGUGUAUUAUAUUUGACUCUGACUGGAACCCACAGAAUGACCUUCAGGCCCAGGCUCGCUGCCAUCGCAUUGGACAGAGCAAAGCAGUAAAGGUUUACCGGCUUAUCACCAGGAACUCGUAUGAGAGAGAGAUGUUUGACAAAGCAAGCUUGAAACUGGGCCUAGACAAAGCAGUGCUGCAGUCCAUGAGUGGCCGAGAAAGCAAUGUCAGUGGGAUUCAACAGUUCACUAAGAAAGAAAUUGAAGACUUGCUACGUAAAGGAGCAUACGCUGCUAUUAUGGAUGAAGAUGAUGAGAGCUCCAAGUUCUGUGAGGAGGACAUAGACCAGAUUCUUCAAAGGCGCACGACGACUAUUACAAUAGAAACUGAAGGCAAGGGAUCGACAUUUGCCAAGGCAAGCUUUGUGGCAUCUGAGAAUCGAACAGACAUCUCUCUUGAUGAUCCUAAUUUCUGGCAGAAGUGGGCCAAGAAGGCAGAUCUAGACAUUGACUCCCUCAGCGGCAAGAACAACUUGGUGAUUGACACACCUCGAGUGCGCAAGCAGACCCGCCAGUACAGCACACUGAAGGAUGACCAUCUGGUGGAGUUCUCUGACUUAGAGAGUGAUGAAGAUGAGAGACCCCGCUCCCGCAGACAUGAUCGCCACCAUGGUUAUGGUCGUACUGACUGCUUCCGUGUUGAAAAACAUCUGCUUGUUUAUGGGUGGGGUCGGUGGAAAGAUAUUCUUGCUCAUGGACGGUUCAAGCGGCGAAUGACUGAACGUGAUGUGGAGGCGAUCUGCCGGGCCAUAUUAGUGUAUUGCUUGCUGCACUACAAAGGAGAUGAAAGCAUCAAAGGGUUCAUCUGGGAGCUCAUCACCCCGGGGGAGAAUGGCAAAGCCAAGGAGCUGCAGAACCAUUCAGGUUUGUCCAUCCCUGUCCCAAGAGGUCGGAAAGGGAAGAAAGUGAAGAGCCAGAGUACGUUUGAUAUCCACAAGGCAGACUGGGUCCGCAAGUACAAUCCAGAAACACUGUUUGUUGAUGCCAGCUACAAGAAACACCUCAAGCACCAAUGCAACAAGGUCCUUUUGCGAGUUCGGAUGCUGUACUACCUCAGACAGGAAGUGAUUGGAGACCAGGCACAGAAGGUCCUUAAUGGAGUUCAUGCCAAUGAGAUUGAUAUCUGGUUGCCAGAGGUUGAUCGGUUGGAGGUACCAAGUGACUGGUGGGAUACCACUGCUGAUAAGUCCCUCAUCAUUGGAGUCUUCAAACAUGGUUGACCCAAUGAUGGUGGAUGAAGAGAUGUCAGCAGUGGACAGGGACACAGGUCAGGCCACACAAGUGGCUGGCCAAUUGUGGCCUUCAGCAUCUGCUCUUACAGCCCGCCUUCGUCGUCUUAUCACUGCAUAUCAGCGCAGCUAUAGGAGAGAGCAGAUGAAGAUGGAGGCAGCCGAGAGGGGAGACCAGCGAAGGCGCUGUUUUGAAACUGCUUUCAAGUUGAAAGAGAUUGCAAAGCGAGAGAAGCAGCAAAGGUGGACUUGUCGUGAGGUGGCUAAUUUCUACAGAGUCGUUUCAAACUUUGGAGUGGAGUUCUACCCAGAACGGCAGUGUUUUGACUGGAAUCGAUUCCGUACUUUUGCCCAUUUGGAGAGGAAGACCGAUGAAAGCCUUACCAAAUAUUUCCUUAGCUUCAUGGCUAUGUGUCGCAGGGUAUCUGGGCGACCUCCAGAAGAAGGUGAUGAUGCUACAGAUCCAUCAGUAUUCAUUGACCCAAUCACAGAGGAACGAGCUUCACGGGCGCUGUACAGGAUUGAAUUGAUGCGGAGAGUGAGAGAGCAGGUGUUACUACAUCCACAGCUAGAUGAACGGCUUGCGAUGAGUCAGCCAAGUCCAGAACUACCGGAGUGGUGGGAGUGCCCAAAACAUGACAAGGAAUUGCUCCUAGGGGCUGCAAAACAUGGCAUGAGUCGCACAGACAGCACCAUUAUGCAGGACCCAGACUUCUCCUUCUUGGCAGCUCGAAUGACUUAUAUGCAAAGCAGGCAAGCAGUUUCGCGCAGCUCCACACCGCUUCUCCAGCAGUUGGCUCCAGCCCAAAGGGCUUCACCUCUGACUGUGCAAGUAGACAGCCAUGAGAAAACAAAGACUCUCCCAGACACAGAAGUGAAGCAGGGGACUCUAGCUGUCAGUCUGGAGUCUGACAGACUCAGUGUAAAUAUGCCUUUGAGUAGAACUGAAAUGGCAUUGGACUUUUCCUCCACUCAUAUGAGACCACCAGUUUUCCAGAAACCUAACAGAAGGUCGGGUGAUGACAUGGAUUCAGAGUCUGACAUUGAAAAUUCCUCUUCCUCUUCUACUUCAUCACACAACAGCGAAGAUGACAAAGAGGAAAAGCUGAGCACCACCAGCCUCUCUCACUCCAAGGUGUAUGAUGAAGAGAGUGUGACCUCAUUCACUAUGUCACAAGAUGGGUUCCUGAAUGAGGAUGGAGACCAGACCGUCCUAGAGAUGCUUCAGGAAAGACAGAGAUACUCAGAGUGGCCAAAGGAUCACGUUUUAAUCACACGCUUGGACAAUCUUUGUCAUGUGGUGUUGAUGGGGUGGUGGCCGAAUCGCAGAAUACAGUAUGACGGUGGCAGUGCCCAACCACCAGUGUUCCAGCAUCCACCAGCUGCUGCAGCAGUGUUGAGGCAGGGAGAGUGUCACAUGCUAACAAGCACAGGUGUGGAUGCCUCUGCCCUUGUGCCGGGAAGUGUGGCCCACAUGGAGGAGGAAAAUUCUGCUGCAAUGGCACAGUUUACCAAGUUGAAGAAAAAUCCAUCUGAGAAGGAAUUUACAGUUAAAAUUAAAGAUGAGGAUGGCUUGAAACUCACAUUCCAAAAACACAAGCUUCUCCUGAAUGGGGCCUUGGCUGAAGGGCAAGCAUCAUUAUUCAAGAAGAAGAAGGGGCUGAAGAGGGUCAUGGAGAGUGAAGGGGGAGAAGGUGGCGGAAGCAUGGACGAGGUGUCACUGAGGAGGCUAGAGGCUGAUCUGGAUGCUCACAUUCCUGUUGUAAAUAAAGCUGAUGGUAUGGUGCUAUUGGGAGAAGAAGCACCCAGGAGAGGGGAUCUGGAACGCUGGUUACAGCAACAUCCCAAUUUUGUAGUGGACCCAAGGUUCCUUUUGCUCUCAGAAGACAGACAGAAAAAACGUCAGCGACGAGAUUCGCCCAAGCUGGAACUCCGUCACAUGACUGGACUUGAGCGUGUGCAGAUGGUCAAUGUUCACAGCGGCAGAAAGCUUGGUGGUGCUUACAACCCAUCCCUGAAGGAUCUAAAGGUCUGGUUAGAUGAGAAUCCAGAUUAUGCCGUUUCUCCUGAGUGGGCAGAAAUAGUGAGACACUCGGGUUUGCUUCCUGACUCCAUGUAUAAUCAUAUUUUAUUGGGACCAAUUGGGACAGAAGCAUGCAAGAAACAAGGACAGAAGCGUCAAAAUGAUCCCAUAAAGGUGUUAUCAGAUGUAUCAAGCAGUUUAGCACUAGGUAGCAUAAAUAUAAGCAGCUGUCAUCCUUGUCCACCAAAUCUGCAGUCAUCAGGAUUGGACCACAGUGGCAUGGCCUCCAUGUUACCCAUUACAGGACUCCGCCGUUCUACUGUUCCUCACUUGGACACAAGGAUGUUCUUCCGGUCUGGACUUGGGGUGGGUCUCCCUGGAUUUCCAGAAACGGGAGGCUCCUCAAUGCAGGGUGUGAAGCUGGAAGCACUGGAGCAAGUGGAAAUGGAGGGUGAGGACUUGACUCAGGAUUUUGAUGAUUCAGAGAAAGACUAUUCUCUACAUGCUGAUCCCUUGAUGUCUGUGAACUCUGACUCUGAGGAAGACUGACGCUUCAAUCGGGGAAGAUAGACUCUGUUUGUUGGACUGGUGACAUGUCUAAGGACAUUUUCCUGUACUUCAUUGUUAAGGAAGGGGAUGCUGGGUAGGGGAACAAAACUUCAGCACUGGAAAUGUCCCUGUCACAAAACGCCCCUAAACCAAACCAUAUAGUGGCUACCACACACUGCUUCCGGGUUGGGAAGGGAGAUGCAGACUGAAGUACUUACUGACCCGUUACCCUGUGUGAACCAGGCAAUCCUAUGGAUAUCAAGUCGUUCAGGGCUUGGUCUGCCUGCUGUGGUGGAAAGCCCUGUGGUAUGAAGGUUGCGGGGAUGCACAUACAGAGGAAGAAGGUUUCAUUUUUAUAAGCUUCCUACCCUUAAACCUACUUCCCAGCUCAGAAACAUAAAGGGCUUUUCUAGCUGUAUGGUACUGUGGGUACAAGGAAGUAAUUAAGUUAUUAGUCAAUGAUAGUGUGGGCUUUCCCAAUAUGAAUUACAGUAGCAGCCAAACGUAUGCCUCCCUCUCUACAUAAAAACAAAACCCAGUAGGCAAGCUGCAAGAUGGAUGCCUUCAUUUUUUCCUGCAUCAUGGUGUACCAGUAGUAGAAGAAGUGAAGGGAGAAGUUUUCUUAGGGAAGCAUUUGGAAUGUACAAGCAACUGGGGAGUGUCGCAGCUUCUGGUGUGCAUAGUCGUCAUGAUUUUGUAAUCAACUUUUGCAGGCAGCAGCCUCACCCCAUUAAGUAUCUGUCAGACUUCUAGUGCCACAGUUUUAACACAAGUGUUUGUUGUUUCUGGCUCCUACAAUUAAAUGUCUUGAAUUUUGCCUUGAGUGUUGUAAACAUUAAAUUGCAGCUGCAGUGUGCAAACUGACGUGCAGAGGUUGAAACGAAGAACUUAAUUUGAAUGGACUAAGAAGGAUAAGGAUGUGGGGGUAACUGUCCCCCUGCCUUUUCUUCUAAUAGGUUUCUGCAUGUCAUGUGUGAGAAUUGACAUCCAUGUAGCAGGUGGUGGUUCCUGGUGUUCCAGAGAAUUUGUUAAGGUACCAUAGCAUUCAGGCAGCACGUUGGUUGUGUGUGUUAGAUUGAGAGGUGCACAAGAUGUGUAAUGCUGAUCCUUGACAUAGGGUGAGACUAAUCAAUGUGUCCAAAGGCCAUUAACACAGUAAACAUUUUCUCCUUGAGAAAAGCAUUAUAGUUACAAAAAUGUGCACUUGAGUGUUUGUAAUGCUGUUUGUCUGCUGUGCUUCAGGUCAUCAACAAUGAUUCAUAGAAAUAUAUGUGAAUGCAAGCAUCUGCAGUGUACUGUCAGAGGCAAUGAAUUCCUGUUUCGUAGCAAAAUUUUUUCAGAAGCAGUGAUCAGCUUACUCUACCUGGCAGUUUUAUGGUUUCAGGUUUUUCUGGAAACCAGCCCUUCAUUUUUUUUUUUUUUUGCUUUAAUGUUUCCCUUCUGGUAGUUGGGAUGUUCUCAUUAAUGAUUGUUCGGAUGUGAAGCAUAGCUUAUGUACUGCUACCUGACACAAAACAGUGACUGUAAGUGCCCCACUACCAGCAGUCCAAACAGAAGAAUAAAGUAACACCACGUUCCCAUGUUACAGCUUCAAGCAUUGCUGUUACAGCACAUUCAGACGAUUUUUAUUUUAAUCAAUUUGGUGCUUUUAUGAUACAAUUCAUUUUAUGUUUGAAACUCAAACAGAUGGACCUGAUUCUUCUUAGCUGUAAUAGCAUUUGUGAAGUCCUGGCUGAUGUUCCUGAACUUAUUCUGACCCUUCACCUUGAUAGGGGCAAAUGCUACUCCUAUAUUUAUUAGUAAGGGAGGUGGGUUGGUUGUUUUGUAAUUUUUCUGUAUCACAUGUACCAUGAAAUAACCCCCAGAAGGUGUGCAGGAUGAUAAAGAUGUACAAUAUGAAAUUAA